AUGGCAGUUGCCCCUCGCCGAUCUAUCACGCUUCCCAAAAGAGUUCGAUCAGCCACCGGUGUCAAUAUCUACAAGAAUGUAUCUAAAAUGAAUUCGGACAAACUCAGGGAGCACAUUGCGAAAACUUCUAUCGACUUCUAUGGCCAGUUUGCUAAACAGUUGCAAGUUGAAGCAGUCCUGAACCUGGUCGAAGGUCGUAACACAUUUCUACUGGCGGGGACGGGCUACGGCAAGUCUCGAAUACCCGAACUUUACUACAAAAUGAUACCUGGGAAGACCCAAGCCGUUGUCCUGGUCUUGAACCCUUUGGAUUCCCUUGGCGACAAUCAGGUUCUUGAGAAGCAGCAGGCUGGAUUCUCGGCAAUCAACUUGACAAAGCUGACUUUCAACCCGGUUACCGCGGCCGAGAUUCAGAAGGGUGUAUACCAAUUUGUAUACUUGAGCCCUGAGAUCUUUCUGAACAGCAAGCUAUUCAAAUCAAUUUACUUCAGUUCGGAGUUCCAGAACCGCCUGGCCUUGGUGGUGGUUGACGAGGCUCAUAUGAUUUACAUAUGGGGCCUUGUGGAGAGCUCAACAGCCAAGCAUUUAAUGUCGGCCCACUUUCGCCAUGAAGACUCCGGCAUCUUCCGUCCAUCGUACGGUAAACUGGGGGCACAACUGCUUUUUCGAAACAACCAGCCAAUCUUGUUACUGUCAGCUACCUGUCGACCUGUUGCCGUUGAUGCUAUCAUGAAUAGUCUCAAACUCAACGACCAAAGUGUGGACAUACUACGCGGCGAGUUGACUCGGCCGGAGAUUCGGAUGGUCCGUGUGCCUAUGGAGAACUCUCUGGCAUCCGGACUUGACGUAAUCAAAUUGUUCCCUUCCUCCAUCGAUGUCUCGGACUCGGAGAUGGUUCCAUGUCUAGUCUAUAGCGGAUCCCGUAACCAAACGAUGACUGUGUUGGAUGUAAUAUCACGUGCUCGGGAGACCCCUGGAAGCACUAUGCUGCCAAAUAGCUCUUGUGCUAGGCGGUUCCACUCUUGUACUGGCGAAGAAGAUAAAAUCACGACGGUUGAUGAUUUCGCUGAAGGGAAGUAUCCGGUGAUAUCGUGUACAAUGGCGCUUGGGCUUGGCCAGAACUGGAAACGAGUAUGCAUAGUGGCCCACAUGGGCCGCGGCGAUCCGGCUUCCAUCUGUCAGAUGAUCGGGCGUUGUGGACGUGAUGGAAAGCCGGGGUUGGCGGUGAUGUUUGUGGAGAAGAGUCGGCGCGGAGGGAAAAAUCGAUUGGAUCAAUUCACCCGCGGGGCUGCUCAGAACGACCUGGAUCGAAUGGAUGCAAUGGCUAUAACACCAGUCUGCCUCCGGGUGGCAUUUUCGUUGGAUAACAAACUUGGCUAUGUCCCACUCUGGGCAGACGAUCCAGAGUACCUCAAAGAGAUCGCGAGAGAGAAGAAGGAGGGGCUUGCGGCUUGCCGAUGUUCCAAUUGUUCACCGCAGGCCAGCAAAAAACUUAUGGAGGACUUGAUUUUCGCAAACCAGUCGAACUUUGAUCAGAUUUUGGAUGGCGACUAUUCUCCUCCGCAUCCCUACAAUAUCAAGAAAAAAUUUCCUCAAAAGGCAGCCCCCAUGAAGAAGAGGAAGUUUACUGAAGAGGAUACUUUGGAGACCUCGGAGUUCUCGGCCCAUCUCCUGACGGAUCUACUUCAGCAUUACAACUCGGAAGUCGCCCCCGAUGGUAUUUUAGUGUUAGAAGAUUUAUUUUGUCAAGACGACUGUGUAGCCAUUCUGGCUUCCUUGGAUCACAUUGUGAACCCCAAGGACCUUUGGACGGUUAUAGGUGGAGACUGCUUUGAGGGUCAAUCAGAAUGGAUCUUCCAGUGGCUUAUUCAAUUCAAAUCCUCGCCUCAGCAUGCGAUGCCUGCUGCUUGCCCUCCUAAUAAGCGUAAGGGGCCGCCGGCUAUGACUAACUCGAUGACUCAGGAGGCGCUGGGAGUGCCUAAAUCAAUCAGUCAGGAAGCGCUGGGAGUUGGGCGGCCUCCAAGGCCACCAACAAAGAAGGCACUUGCGGCCGAGGCGUCUCGCAUACGAUCUCUCGAACGGAUGGAAGCAAAGGAAAAGAAGGCAGCAGAUCUUAUUCGCAGACGACAGCAAAUUUCUAGGAUAAUGUCAGAUACAAAAGCUAGUCAUGGUAUACGAAAUGAUUGGGAAUCACCUGCGUCGGACGCAUCUGGAAGGUCUCCAAUGGUCACAUUUGUGGACUCUGAGUCGGCCGGCUGUUCAAAAUGA